AUGGUCUACGUUGAAUGGAACUCGUGGUGUUGGGUGCGCUUCGGUGGCGUGUGGAUGAAUUGUGGUUUAUGCCUUGGGGAGGUGGGGAUUUUUUUUCACUCUGCUAUCGCCUCUAUAAGCGCCCCGUGGGGUCCGCCUCGCUGCGGCGUCGUGCCCCGUUGCUGGAGAGACGGCAUCGGAGGCCUAAAGGGCCCGUCCAUUCGUAGGCGCCACGCGGAUAUUAUUUUAAGUCUUAAAUGUAAUAUAAACAUUUUUUUUUUGCCGGGUUUGUUUGUUUCCAAGCCUCUUGGGCCGUUGGCGUACCGGCCAGCAUGCGUGGAGUAA